GCCAAGCUCUCAAUCCAGCAUCGAGGAAGGAGUGCCCAGAUGAGGCGGGAAAUGGGAAUGGAAGGCCAAUUUCGAGGACAUGGAGGUCGGUUAUCAAGCUUGCCAAAUCCUCAUCUACUCCCUCAGCUCUAUUCAGCAAUUACCUUACCUACCUACUUGACCGACCUAACCUACAUCACCUGCCUACUACACUGUAUAGUUACACCCCGUCUCGCAAAUAGUUCACCCCUCCCCUAUCCAUCCACCAGCAUCUUAUCCGGAGCUCCCCCGUAAACCCCGACCUCGCCGUGACCACCUAGAAGCUCCGGCAACACAUAUCAUGUCGCCCCUUCGCCUGAAGAUAGAGGACGGCAAGUUUCGUGACGGUCAUGGUCGCCAGGUGGUGCUGCGAGGCAUCAAUGUCGCUGGAGAAGCCAAGCACCCAAGCCAGCCAAAUCAGCCGUCGCAUGUGGCCAAGGACUUCUUCGACGGUGACAAUGUUAAUUUCCACAACAGGCCGUUCGCGAAGGAGGACGCGAACAUUCAUUUCUCACGAUUGAAACGAUACGGCUAUAAUAGCAUCCGGUAUGUCUUCACUUGGGAGGCAAUCGAGGCUGCCGGUCCCGGCGUCUACGACGAGGAAUGGAUCCAGCAUACGAUCGAGAUCCUCCGGAUGGCCAGGGGCUACGGCUUCUACGUUUUCAUGGACCCCCACCAAGAUGUCUGGUCUCGGUUCUGUGGUGGUUCUGGCGCCCCGAUGUGGACCCUCUACGCCUGUGGCCUCAACCCGCAGAGCUUUGCAGCGACCGAAGCCGCCAUUGUGCACAACACCUACCCCGAUCCAGCCAAAUUCCCCAAGAUGAUCUGGUCGACGAACUACUAUCGGCUCGCAGCCGCAACUGUCUUCACCCUCUUCUUCGCCGGCAAGGACUUCGCUCCCAAGUGCAUAAUUGACGGCGUCAAUAUCCAAGACUAUUUACAGGGGCAUUUCAUCCGAGCCUGUGCCCAUCUGGCGAGGCGCAUACACGAAGCUGGUGACAUUGAGAACGACAUCGUGUUCGGGUGGGAGAGCCUAAACGAGCCCAACAAGGGGAUGAUUGGCUAUGAGGACAUCAGCGUCAUCCCAAAGGAGCAAGCUCUGAAAAAGGGUACGUCUCCGACCAUCUGGCAAACCCUCCUUACGGGCUCUGGAAGAGCAGUCGAGGUCGACACCUGGGACAUGGGCGGCCUUGGACCGUACAAGACGGGGAGGGCCUUGAUCGAUCCUCACGGCGAGAUUGCUUGGCUACCCGUCGAUUACGAUGAGUCGCGAUAUGGGUUUAAGCGAGAUGCGGGAUGGAGGCUAGGGGAAUGCAUCUGGGCGCAGCAUGGCGUGUGGGAUCCUUCCAACGACACUCUGCUGCGGAAAGACUACUUUGCCAAGCAUCCCCAGACGGGCGAGACCAUUGACUACCCUUACUUCACAAACCACUAUCUCAUGGACUUGUAUCGAAAGCAGCGCGAUGCGGUCCGGUCCUAUCACAAAGACGCAAUAAUGCUGCUCCAAGGGCCCACCUUGGAGCUUCCGCCCAAGAUCAAGGGAACCGCAGACGACGAGACGAACCUGGUCUACGCUCCGCAUUGGUACGACGGGAUUACGCUGAUGACCAAAAAGUGGAACCGGACGUGGAACGUUGACGUUCUUGGAGUCCUUCGCGGGCGAUACUACCAUCCCGCGUUCGCGAUUAAGCUGGGCGAGACGGCUAUUCGGAACUGCUUUAGAGAUCAGCAUGCUGCCAUGAGACAAGAGGGGCUCGAUUAUAUGGGUAACCAUCCGUGCGUCAUGACCGAGUUCGGCAUCCCUUACGAUAUGGACGAUAAGCAUGCGUACAAGACGGGCGACUUCUCCAGCCAGUCGGCGGCGAUGGAUGCGAACCAUUACGCAGUCGAAUCCUCAGGAUUAGAGGGGUACUCCCUGUGGUUGUAUAUGGCAACGAACGACCACGAGCAUGGCGACCAGUGGAACGGGGAGGACUUGUCCAUCGUCUCGGUAGACGACAAGCCUCUCCCCGUCUCGCCCCUGCCACCGACACCCGACCCCAACCAGUCAACUGCCAGUCUCAUGAAACCUGCAUCGCCGUCUGCCAAGAAGGGAGCCGACGAGGAUGGCACUGUAACACCAGCCAAUCUCAGGAAGACACUGACAAAUCCGUCCAUCUCCUCCGAACAGUUGCGCCCUUCCCCAGAAAUAACCAACGCGCCGGGCUAUCGCGCGGCGGAGGCCUAUGUCCGACCCGCCCCCGAAGUAGUUGCAGGCACUAUAACGAACUACGUCUUCGACCUCCGGCAGUGCCAGUUCUCGCUGACCCUCCAAGCCCCCAAGGUUGCCGAGGAGGACAAGCCGACGGUUGUGUUCUUGCCGGAAUACCACUUCCCCAAGGACGGCUGCACGGUGGAGGUCAGCUCGGGCAAGUGGGAGAUCAGUAGCGAUGACGAGGAGGUCGCGCUCAUCCAGCGUCUCAGGUGGUGGCACGGGGACGGGGAACAGAAGCUGACGAUCAACGGGCUUGUGAGGAGGCACAACUUCGUCGAGGGGGUCAGCGAUGACGAUGCCGGCUACUAUGAGCAGUGCAAUCAGGGGGCGGCUAGCAAUUGCACGGUCAUGUGAGGACGGGUUGACGAGAAGUGGAGAGCGUGGGUGGUCCUUAUCUUCCGCAUCUUUGAGGGUUGGGCUAGAAGCCCGAUACUGGGAUAUGGAUACUGGUCGCAUUUUCAAGGAGUUCGGUGCCAUGGCUAGUUUAUAUUUUCUUGAGAUAGCGUCGAGGUAUUUCAUCUUUGUCUUCGUCUUCGUCCCAGUCGUCGUCUUCGCAUAUAUACAAAUAUUCAAUCACAAAUGCAUCAGGA